AUGAAGAUGUUUUUCUUGUUUCUCCUGGCCUCGGUCCUCGGUUCGUCACAAUGUUUCGAUUUUAUUCGAAAUGCCUUCAAGUGAGUAGUCCCCAAUUCAAAAUGGAAUGUUUUUUGUGCGUUCAGUUACGUGAAUGAAAUGGCUGAUCCCUGCUAUGACUUUUACCGACAUGCCUGUCCGAAAUUCUCUGCACGAUCAGAAAUGUUGAUUACGCGUCUGUAUAACCCAAUAUUGCAAAAACACCUAACGAAACAGUCGGACAACAUUUGGGAAAAUAUUGCAAUUGAGGUAAAAACCAGUAUAUCAUGCUUUGAAAAUUGAAGGAUUUUGAGGAGACACUGAGAAACAUUCACCUAAACGAACUUCCGGCACCCGAUGACUACUUCUUGGAGAUGUUUUUCACAAGGCAAUAAGAUAUUUUUGAGAUUCAUCGAAAUGAUUAUUUUAGAUGUGAAACAGGAGAAGAUACACGUCCGUUGUUGCUCAUGCUUCAGGAACUGCUGCAUGAGAAGGGUCAGACUGAAUGUUUCACAACAGGAUGUCUCCUUCCGAUUGCUGACGAUAACAACUGCACUCGGGCAGUGGCAUUCUUGGGACAACGGAUUCAUUCUCUCCAAUACGAUUCCUUUAAACUGGUUGCGGGCGGUCUUGCGGACUAUUUAAACACUCUCAAAGUGUACUUAGAAGGAGCAGGCAUUAUCCUAGACGCAAAUCUUCGUGAUGGUGUUUCUGGAGUCAAAGAUGUAGUUGACGAAAUUAUUUUUACGGUGGAAGAGUGGAUUGAGGUUGUUCGCAAAGGUUUUGAAAUGAAAAAGUACAAUAUCUGUUCAGGCGACACCGUGGGUCAUAAAAAAUGAUGUUGUCGGACCGAUCAAGGCUGAGAUUGAACAAUUGAAUCUCUUUGACAACUACGCUCAGGUUUUGCGUGAUGAUCUGGAUGCUUUGUUGACUUUGGAGCAGAAUUACUUGACGUGUCUCAGGAGAAUCGGGAAUUCGGAGCAGAGUGAAGUUUUUUGUCUGUUUUAUGCGCAACAGACACAAACUAAGACCCCCUUAAUACACGAGUUCUACAAUUACCUUAAUGCUGGAAAUUUCCAUCCGAAUCUUUACUUUUCCUAUUACUUUUACGACUUGAUGCAAAACGUCGAAGAAUUAGCUGGAGUGGUGAGAAUGUUUGUGUUUUGAUAAGAAAAAGUGAAUAUUUCAGCUUGGAAGUACUGGAAUCGUGGCCGGACACGAAGUUAGCCACACUCUUAUCGAAAAUGUGAAUCGUUUGGAACUGAUUCCGUUCUUCUCAAAUGAGUCGAUGCAGUGCGUCAUGAAUCAGUAUGAAAGAACUUGCGAUGAAUUCAGAGAGGUAUCCACUUUGUUUUGUUGAUAAAACAUUAUUUAUUUAAGACUUCGUGUUAUACUGCCGAUCAUCAAAUCGAUGAGAACGGAUCCGAUAUUCUCGGUGUACAAUUGGCCUACAACAUCUUCAAAAAGGAAUACGAAGGAAGGGAGCAGGUACUCAAUCUGAUUUUUGUACCCCUUUUCCACAUUCAUAUUGUAUUUCAGGAUGAAUACAUCAAAUUGCGGAGUCGCGUAGUCACUUAUCAACAGCUUUUCUUCUACGGUUUUGCGUUCACAUUCUGUUUGGUAACCUGAAAAUUAGAAAGUUUAUUUUUUCUAUCGCAUUUUAUUCAGAAUAGCCCAAUGCAGCAUAGCCCAAUGGACGUGCACGCAGCGAUGAAUGUGCGAAUAAACGCAAUGGCCAAUCAUCCGGCAUUCCAAGAAGCAUUCCAAUGCUCGGACAAUUCAAGAAUGAUGAGCACUGUUAAAGUGAGUAAGAAAUGUAAAUGCUUGUGUACUUGUGAUUUUCCAGGAACAAUGUCUCAUUUUCGGAGAGGGCGCCCCGGAAACCAGAAAGUUCUAG